GAGAAAGUAUUUACAAAAGAUUUUAUGGUUCAAAAAAUUCCGCUAUUGUCAACCAGAAUCAUUUAUUCCCCCAAAAAAUCCUUCGAGUUUCGCUAAAUUUACACAUUCUACUCAUUUUUCUUCCAAUUUAAGAGUGAAUUUUUUCAAUUUUUCUCAAGUGCAAGUGAACGGGAAAUGGUGGAAACAUAAAUACCAACGACUCCGAAGAGCAACUUUUGUUGCCGGAGACAAGAAGCGGUGACCAUUCGUGGCGGUUGAACUUCGAUGGAUUCCAUUUAUCCCAUGAGCACAAAGAAAAACCUCCUCGUGGGCUCCAUGACUAUCUUGGGGUUAUGGGUCCAGAAGAUAAUGUUGCAGAGUAUUAUCAGCAACAGGUAGAGAUGUUGGAGGGGUUCAAUGAAAUGGAUGUACUAGCAGAGCGAGGUUCUGUAGCAAUAGUGUCAAAGAGAGACAGGGAAAAGUUGGUUAGAAGUGAAACAAUUGCCAACAUAAUGUCAAAUGUUGCAAGUAUGCUUCUUUUUGCAGCUAAAGUUUAUGCAUCUAUCAGUAGUGGUUCGUUGGCCAUUGUUGCGUCGACAUUAGACUCGCUUCUCGAUCUACUAUCUGGUUUUAUCCUGUGGUUUACUGCUUUUUCCAUGCAGACGCCAAAUCCUUAUCGAUAUCCUAUUGGAAAGAAACGUAUGCAGCCUCUGGGAAUCCUUGUUUUCGCUUCUGUCAUGGCAACUUUAGGUCUGCAGAUUAUACUGGAGUCCCUGCGCGCAUUAGUUUCUGAUGAUGACGAAUUCAAUUUGACAAAGGAGCAAGAGCAAUGGAUCAUUGGCAUUAUGCUUUCAGUGACUCUGUGUCUGGAUGGACCUUGUUGGAGUUAUUGGCUAUAUGGAUCCUUAUUCGCCAUUCAGCUCGGUUAAUCACUACAUCUCAACUAUAUAAUUCCCAACUUCAACUGGUUAUUUAUUUAUUUAUUAUUAUUAUUAUUUUAUUUUAUUAUUAUUAUUUUUUUGGGUCUGAAAGAUAUUGGACAAUAAUCCCAUUUAAGACAACAUGUUCCCAUAUAAUUGAUCAGAUUUUAAACAUUAAAAGCCAGAAGAGAGUCCUGUGAUUGUCCCAAGCUUGAUGGGUCCAUUAUUGGUAAUUUUAUGAGAUGCUUGACAAGCUUACCUUGUAAGUUAUUAUUUAUAAAUACAUUUAUGGUGAAGAAUGAUUCAUGUGGUCAACCCCAAUCUUAUUGAGAAUGAGGCUUAGUUUGUUUUCUUUUUAUGGUGAUACCAUCUUAAUUUAUGUAAUUUCUCCUUUUCCUGUCUCCAUACGAUUUAGAUCUUUGCCUU